GUUUCAGUCUGUCCUAGACCUUCGCGCGAGUCGGUAGAGCUUGCGUUCCGUAAUCGUAACUAUCGUCCGGUGGUUCCUUAUCAAUACCGCGAAGAAGAUGACCCGACCUGCAGUGUUCGGGGCGAUAUUCUUGCUUCUUGCGAUCGCCAUCGGUGUGAUCCACGCGGGUUUUCCCGCUGACUGUGGCCAGCGAAAGCUGAAGAUCACCCAGCUGAUCAUUGGCGGACAGGCGGCACGGGUUGGGAAUUGGCCCUGGCACACGGCCAUCUUUCACCGCGAGGGUGGUACUUUUGAGUACAAGUGCGGCGGAACGAUCCUGGACAAGAACACGAUCCUAACGGCUGCCCAUUGCGUUCGUCUGUCGAACGGGAUCAUCGCGAGUGAGCGACUGUCGGUGCAGGUUGGACGAAAUAGGCUAAGGGUAGCGGAUGAUCGCGCCCAGGAGCAUGAAGCGGACCGGAUAUUGGUACAUAAGGACUUUCGGACGGACAGUGUGCAGCACGAUAUCGCGCUGAUCAAGCUGGCAACGGACCUUCGUUUUACGGACUAUGUCCAACCGGUUUGCUUGUGGGACAAGGGUGAUGAUCGGCUGUUGAUUCGCGAUCAGGAGGGGACCAUCGUGGGAUUCGGAGCGACAGCGAGUGCUGGGUUUUCGGAGGUUCUGAACGAAGCUCGGCUCCCGGUGGUAGACAACCAGGUUUGCAUCGACAGCAAACGAGAAGUGCUUGGGCAAACGCUGACCAGUAAUAUGUUUUGCGCUGGACGAAGAGACGGUGUGAACGCAUGCAACGGAGACAGCGGAGGAGGACUUUUCUUUCUGUCCGGAGAUCGUUGGUACGUCCGAGGUAUCGUUUCCUUCUCACCGACCUUAGAAGGUACGGGACGCUGUGAUCCUCUGGAGUACGUGGUGUUCACAGACGUGGCUCGUUACAUCAGCUGGAUUGCUCAGCAGUUGAACUCGACGUUCGUGGAACCGGUUCCUCCCGUUGACGUACAUCCCAAAUUACGGCUGCUAAGCCAAGACAUUUGCGGAGCCAAUCCGUACCCAUUCGACAAAGAGCAAGACAAGCCGGUGUUUUUAACGUAUCCGUGGGUAGGACUCAUCGAGUACUCCCAGGAUGGAGUCCGCGAGAAGAAGACCCUCUGCCACGCGAUCCUCAUCAGCUCGCGCUACCUCGUAACAGCUGCCCAGUGUGUCUACAACACCAAGAACCUUCGUCCAACGGCCAUCCGCCUCGGAGAUUACGACACCUCCACUUCCCAAGACUGCGAUCAGCUGGACGGCCAACAGGUCUGCUCGCCCCCAACCCAAACCCUGAACAUCGAAACCAUCGUGAUCCACCAGCAGUACAACAAACCCCGCUUCGCCAACGACAUCGCUUUGAUCAGAGUCCGUCAGUCAGUGGACAUCUCCGAGGACAACGUCAAGCCCAUCUGUCUACCGUUCACCAAAACCCUCCGAUCCUUCAAACCGUCCCACUUUACCCGAUCCGGCUGGAAGUACAGCAACAGUCAAACCCGGAUCCAGCGCUCGGAGGCGACCGUCAUGGAGUCGGUCCAGUGCCAGCGACUCUACACCGAACAUCGCAUCCCGCUGGAGAAAACCUUCCGCCAGAUUUGCGUCGAACGGGACGGGGCGACCGUGGCCGGAGGAAAGUGCAUUUUUGACGUUUCGGCGGCGCCACUCCAGGCCGUACAAACGGUAGACGGAAGUCCACGGUACGUGCUACACGGACUGCUCUCGUUUGGGCCGAACAAGUGCAGCUUGAACUACCCGGACGUGUACACCAACGUGGGGACGUACCUGCCGUGGAUACUGGAUAACGUGCAGGAUUGAAUGCGCAGAAUGUCACAAAAUUGCGAUUUUGUUUUUAAACAAAUUACAACAACGUAUUUUAGCGCUGAUUGUCCAACGAUUGUGUCUGAAUGAUGCUCGAUAAUCCAGGGUGUUCCUUGAAAUUUAUUAAAAUCAGUAGAGCACA